AUGUCCUUUCCCGCCGAGGCGGCUUCAUCUCGAAUGUUGGGGGCGAGCAACGUGACUGAGGGCCCCCCCGGGUCCAAUUUGGUCCUUCAGCCGGCCUGGGACUACCUCCGCCAGAACCAUCACGACCUCCUGAGGAGCCCAUUGUUUCCUGUGGUGCUCUCUGUCUCCACUUACUUCUUUUUGGUGGGUGUCUACACCACGCUGGACUUACUGGCACCCGUCUGGCCUGGCCUCAACCGUUACCGGCUGCACCCGGACAGACCCGUCACUUGGUCAGGGAUUGGGACAACGCUGGGAGUCACCAUCUACAACCACCUGCUCUACAUCUUCCCUUCCGCUGUGGGCCAGUGGCUUUGGAGGCCGCCCACGCCUUUGCCUCGCCAGGCGCCCACCCUCUGGGAAUUCUCCCUGGGGAUCCUGGGCUGCAUGAUGGUCUUCGACUUCCAGUAUUAUCUCUGGCACCUGCUGCACCAUCGCAUUCCCUGGCUGUACCGCACCUUCCACGCGGUGCACCAUGAGUACCGGCGCCCGUUCAGCCUGGUCACACAGUACCUGUCCGGAUGGGAGCUGGUCAGUGUGGGCUUCUGGGUCACGGUGGACCCGGUUCUGCUGCGGUGUCACUGCCUCACCACGUGGGGCUUCAUGCUCUUCAACGUCUACGUAUCUACCGAGGAUCACUGCGGCUACGACUUUCCGUGGUCCAUGCACAACUUGGUACCCUUUGGCUUAUGGGGGGGCGCCCCUAAGCAUGAUGCUCACCACCGGUGGCCCGCCACCAACUUUGCCCCUUUCUUCUCGCACUGGGACCAGCUUUUGGGUACCCACAUGGUGCCGCCUACCAGUGAACACAGCUGCGACAGCGAUGCAAAGGAAUAA